AUGAAUUCAUUCAAACACUUUCAAAUAUCACCAUCAACAUUAACUGAACGUGAUGAGAUAUUAUUAUUUGUCUGUUUUAAUUCUAUCAUGCAUAGUAAGUAUUAUAGCGAUGAGUAUCAAAAUAAAUUUUGUGAUAAAUGGUUACCAAAGUAUGAAUCUAUCUUACAUGAAUUAGCAAUAACAAUGUCACUACAAUUACAUACAUUAAAGUAUUUGAUUGUUAAUUCAUGGUUAAUGCAACGAUCUAUGGAUAAUAUACUCUCAUUUCUAAUGAGAGGUACAACAGGAAAUAUACUUUUUAGAAAUGAAUAUUUAAAAAUAAUUAAUGAUCUAUUUGUCAUUUUGAAUAAUGAACAAUUUAUUGAACAAACUAAAAUGAAUAACGACACGAAAUCCCAUGAUUUAGAAUAUCUGAACAGUCUUGAAAAUACAAUAACAGCAGCACCAACACUUGUUAUGUGUUUAAUAAUGAAAUAUAUCUUAUUAUUAAUGAAUGAGAACGAUGAAAUAUUUUCAAAUGUAAAACAAAAUCAACAAGCUAAAGAAAUUUUGUUAAAAUUAACAAAUAAUGCUAAAAAUGAUGAUAUACUAGCUCAUGCCUAG